CGACGGCAGUCGAAAGCGUCGGUUCGGUUUUUCAUUUGCUGCUGCUGCCUCGCACUCCGCUUCCCCUCCCCCCUGUACGAAGCAGAGGUUACGCUUGAUCCAAAGGUUAAUUUUCCGCGAGAGAUCAGAGCCGAAGAUCAGGGACGCAGCACCCCGCCCUCCGCCCUCCGCCGUGAUGUCGUUUUUUCGCAACAUUCGCUCUUCGCUGUCGUCAUCGUCACGGGCCAAGAGCAGCUCCUCCAACUCCCGCGACACGACACCCGUGCGUAGCGCCUCCUCCCGUCCGGCCAGUGUGAUCAGCGUGGGCAGAGCCUCCUCCAGUCGUCGCGACUCGACGACCAGCUCCACGCUGCAGCGUGGCGAUACCUUCAUACUGCCCGGAUCCGAUGAGGAGGCGGCAUCCAACACGACGCACUCGAACAGCUCCACCCUGGAGAAGAAGUCCAAGAAGUCGAAGGUCUUUGGCAAGUUCAGCACCUUCACGAAGCGCAAGAAGACGCCCAGCGCGCCCGCCGAGGAGGAGGUGGCCAGCUACGAGCAUCAUCCGAGCGACACGGCCACCAACACGUACUACAAGUGGCGCAGCGAUGGCGGCGAUCGGCUGCAGGACUACGAUGCACAGGCGGAUCCGUUCAACUUCCUGUACGAGCAGCACUCCAGCCUGAGGAACCUGCAGUCGGGCUCCGGGGGGGAGUCCGCGGUGCAUCGGCAGGCCAGCAUCGGGUCCAACUCCAGCGGCAGCUUCGACUCCUCCACGUACCGCAAGAGCAAGACGCCCACGCACCUGCGGGAGCAGCUGGAGCAGCUGAAGACCCACUCCAACGACGAUCUGCUCGAGGAUCAGCAGCGGGAGGAGGACGAGCGGGAGAAGUACAAGACGGUGACGCUGAACAGCUUCAGGAAAUCCUUCCGCGAACGCCUGCUCCAGCAGCAGAAGGAGGCGCCGCACAAUCCCGCUUGGUUCGUGGAGGUGCCACCGCCGCCCACACCCGAUCCCCACAAGACGAGCAACAGCCGCUGGGACACCAAGGAGAAUCGUCCGGACUUUCUUGUCUUUGAGAAUGACAACUACCGGCCGCAGUCGCGCUCCCCGCUCCGGGAUCGCCCCUCCCGCUCGGCCACCCGCUCGCCAGUGAAACGGAACGAGACCUUUCGCGUGGUGCAGCCCUCGCUGCGGCACAUGUCCCCAUCGCCCUCGCCCUCUCCGGCUCCCUCCAUACGGAUCGAGAUCAAGAACUCCAUUUCGCCACACUCCCCGGGCAGAUUCGUGCCCGUGGGCGUGGCCAAGCCCAUGCCCACAACGGAGUACUACGCCCAGCGAUUGCUGGCCAGCAGCAAUCCGAAUCCCAGCAGGCUGGCUGGUCCAGCCGCUGCGAGAGCCGCCAGUCCCAGUGCCUCCCAGCGGUGGUAUCGCCCGCAGAGCUCUCCCACGCGCAUGCAGGCCACGCGAAUGAGUGUGGAUCCCCAGCAGCCGCCGCGAAUGAGUGUGAACCAGCAGCAGUCCUCGCGGAUGGCUUUGGGCCAGCAGCAGCCAUCGCGAAUGAGUGUGGAGCAGCAGCCUCAGCAACACCAGCAAAAGGGUGGCAGGACCCUGGUGCACAUUGGCAGUGAGCAAAGCAGGUGCCUGUCGUCUGCCAAUCCAAUGCCCGCUCGAGGCCGCGCACCCACGAGGGUGCAGCUGUACGGCAACAAGCCCCAGGGCAGCCGACAGCAGCCAUCAUCGACGUACUUUGGCGGCCACUACAAUGCACCUGCCAGCAGCAGCCAUGCGGCGAACGGUGUGCCACUGAAGCAGCGUGGAUCCUCCAACGGUUUGGGUGUGGCAACGGUCUAUGGCGGGGGCGUUCCCACCGUUUAUUUGGGGCGUCGCGAACAGCCAAUGACACGUGCCGCCCCCGUGCCAACACGUCGCAAUCGAUCGCCCAUUAAAAUGCCCUGGCGAUAGAACGAGAGAGGGAGAGAGAGCGAGAGAGCAUCGCGAAACGGAGCUUACGAUACCGAAAUAUACAGAAAUUCUUUCCAAAGAAAGACACCACCCAAGAGUGUGAGCCAAGGUCUUGCGUCAUGAUUGGAGGGGAGCUACAUUCGAUCGGAAUGGAUCGGAUCGGAUCGGAUUGGUGGGCAGAGCGGAGUGGAGUGGAGUGAACUGCGAUCGUUAAUGAUUUAUGUACCCAUCAAGUUCAGCCUUUGCUCUGCUCAGUGUGUUGUGAAUUUUGCUACGUAAACUUAUUGUUAAGUAAAGAUAAAUAAUACGUAAAUAAAUGUACGACAAAAAAUUGUCUACUCA